AUGCAGACAACCGCGUGUGUCGGUCUCGCCUUCCUCCCCGCGAAGCAGCUGGUAGGGUCCAAGGGGAGCCACCACAAAGCAGCAGGUGCCUCCGCCGCUGCACCACCGCCGGUACUGAUCGGCGGCGUCUUGGAGUCCAAGCCGGUGCUGGCUCGGCGACUCCCGUGUUUUUCGUGGAGCCACCGUGUUCGGACUUGGGCCACUGCCGCUACUACCCCACGUCAAGACCUUCUGGACGAAGAGGGACAUCAAAUUAUUAGCAGGAGGAAUGUCUCAAAUUUUGAACCGUCCGUCUGGGGAGAUUUCUUCCUCACCUACUCCAGUCCUUUGGCUUCCUCCACCGAACAGCUGACAAAGAUGAUAGAACGAGCGAAUCAUCUGAUGAGAAAUGUGUCUAAGACAAUAUCAGCUUCAAGUAAUUGUAGCCUGUAUGAAAGGAUGCAACUCAUUAAUGUUUUGGAACGUCUCUGCCUGGAUCAUCUUUUCAAACAGGAGAUUAAUGUCAUACUAUCUGAAAUUUACAAAACUAAUGAAGUUAGUGGGAGUGAUCUUCAAACUACUGCUUUGUGGUUCUAUCUACUUCGUAAACAUGGAUAUCAGGUUUCUCCAGAUGUCUUUGCAAAGUUCACAGAUGAACAAGGGAAUUUUGCAGCAAACAAUCCAUUGGAUGUACUGAGCCUUUACAAUGCUGCAUAUCUAAGGACUAAUGGAGAGAGAAUUCUUGAUGAGGCUGUUUCAUUCACCAAAAGGAGUUUAGAAUCAGUAUUAACCAACCUACAAGGGCCAUUAGCCCGUGAAGUGAAGUCUGCACUUGAGAUACCUUUCCCCAGAAGGGUAAGAAUAUAUGAAGCCAAGUACUACAUAUCUGUGCAUGGACAAGCCAAUGAAGUGAUAAUGGAACUUGCGAAGUUGAACUAUAAUAUCAUGCAACUCCAAUAUCAGCAAGAGCUCAGAAUCAUUACGAGGUGA